CCCUCAAUAGUCAAAGAGAUCGAAGGUGUUAUCACCUCUCUCACCAAAGGCAGCCCGCCUGAGCAAGAAGAGACCCUCUACAACUAUUUCCUAUCCAACGCUUCAUUCUCCCACCCUUUUUGCUAUGUCCCGCCACUCGCCAAGGGCUCGGUUCCCUUUGCCCCGGCCAUUGACUCAGCCUGGCUCAUCUUGGGUAUCUAUCGCUGGUACCGCACCUUGAGCCCCAACAUCGACAUCACCAUUGACUCUGCAGUAUUUGACCAACGAUCUGGGAUUCUGUACGUCUCCAUACGGCAGACUUUCGCUGUGUGGUUUAUUCCCUUCUACAAGGCCCAAGUCAAGCUCGUCUCAGUGCUGCGUCUGACUCAACGCACGUCAUGGGCGCCCGAAGAGACCGUCACGAGGAGAGCCCUCGCCGAGAGCAGGGAGCCCGCGGCUCUUGCCGGUCCCGGCCGCGAAAGAGCCCGUUAUUACAUCUCUAGCCAGGAGGACCUUUACACCAUUAAUGACUGCAUCCGGUUUCUGGUCCCAGGUGUCGGACCGUUGCUGUGGUGUCUUUGGCAACUGUACAGCACGCUGCUCUGCGUUGUAGGGUCUCUGGUCUUCAUGCCCCUCUACCUAGUUUUGAAUAAAAGCAAGGUCAAGGCAAGGUAG